CUCAAUCUUCUUCCCUUCCACACGAUAUGACUCCCCAUUAAUCUCCAUCUUCCAGUUAUUCUCUUCACUCUUUCAUUCUGUACACACACACACACACACACACACACAUAUAUAUAUAUAUGUCUGUUCAACAAUAUUAUCAAUAUAUUUGCUAAGAAUAUCGAUCAAUUAAAUAUACUUGUUUCCUUCAGUUCGUUCUCCAUGGAUGAAACAGAAGUUCCUCAGUUCUUCAUCUGCCCCAUCUCUCUGCAAAUCAUGAGAGACCCAGUAACCGCUAUAACUGGCAUCACCUACGAUCGGGAAAGCAUGGAGCAUUGGCUCUUCCAAGCCAACAACACCACUUGUCCGGUGACGCAGCAGCCAUUGCCGAGGGACUCAUACUUAACGCCCAACCACACGCUCCGGCGAUUGAUUCAGGCAUGGUGUUCAACGAAAGGCCUAGACAGAAUCCCGACGCCGAAGCCUCCUCUCAAUAAACUCAAUGUUCUAAGCCUCAUUAGAGGGAUUCAGGUUCAAGAAUUUAGGGUAAAAUCGUUGAGGAAACUGGAAGUGUUAGCGUUCGAACACGAACGGAACAGGAUUUGCAUGGCGGAAGCCGGAGUGAUCCAGGCCAUCGCAGGGUUCGUUGUAGCUUGUUACAGAAGCGGAGAAACUAUGGGGCUGGAAGAAGCACUGAGCACUCUGUAUCUUCUUCGAACUGAGUCGAUGGAAACGAAGCUUCUUCUCGACGAAAAUAAUGAUCAGAUGAUCGACUCGUUGAUUUGGGUUUUAGGUCUAGAGAUCAACAAUCAUCUGACCGUGAAAAGCCAUGCGAUUUCAGUACUGAAGAAGAUCAUCGGAAAGGCUAACUCUGAGGUGUUAGGGCGGCUAAAACCCGAGUUCUUCCAAAAGAUUGUACGUGCUUUGAGAGAAGGUAUAUCCCAAGAAGGGGUAAAUGCAGCCUUGCAUAUUAUGUUAGAAGCUUGUCCAUGGGGACGAAACAGACUGAUAAUGGUGGAAAACGAGGCCAUUUUUGAGCUCAUUGAGCUGGAACUGGGAUCGCCGGAGAACAGAACCUCCGAGCUCAUAUUGGGAAUACUGUUUCAUCUGUGUUAUUCCGCUGACGGGAGAGCACAGCUCCUGAGUCACGCCGCCGCUGUCGCUGUCAUCACCAAGAGGCUCCUGAACGUUUCUCCGACAGCCAACGACCGGGCCGUGUUGAUUCUGUCGCUGAUAUGCAAGUUCUCCGGGACACCCAUGGUUCUUGAGGAGAUGGUGAGGGUUGGGGCUGUGGCGAAGCUCUGCAUGGUGCUUCAGCUUAACUGUGACUCGUAUCUGAAAGACAAAGCACUGGAGAUCCUUAGGGCUCACUCUCAAGUGUGGAAGGCUUCUCCUUGCAUGGAGAUUACCACUUUGAGCAACUACCCUGGCUAGGUAAUACCUAUUUUGAGGAAGUUCUAUAUAUUUUAACACUCAAAUGAGUAAUUUUUUUUAAUGACAUUUGUAUAUUGAUGUCUUGUA